GAAUGGUAAUGUACUCAUACUUGAUUCUUAUCACAGUAACAUUGUAUCUCAUGACAAGCUCCUGAUCACGAUCAUGAUGCUUACGACGACCAGGUCAAACAGGACGGUAUGUAAACGAACAAUCCGGCAUCACGUUUACUGGCGUGAUUCCCUAAUUCCGAAAGAUGGGAGUCGUGCGCAGUCAAGUUUUGUUUUCCCUGGCACAUGCUCUCCUUCGUUUCGAUCGGACAGGUCUGAUUUUACGAACUUACCACAACAAGUCGAUCUUUUGGAAAGAUACCGUGGGUUGGUUACAUUAGGUAGGAUUCAAUACGAUGCUAAUCAGGUUAGGGUCGUGAUGGAGCUUAGGAGACUACAAAAGGUGUUGCGAGAUUAUGCACCCCCUGCAUUGUCAUCCGGCCUCUUUCAUACUACUCCUAUCACGGAUGCUAGCUUUGGUACCACUGCCAUAUCGGAAGGUCCUUGGUGGUCUGAUACCAGCAAGGAGGCCGAACUCACAUCAGAUGUAACAUCCCUUGUUCGUAUCAAGAGCCUCUCCGAGGAGUUGGCGUCUUUAGACACCCCCAAGGGGCUCCUGCUAACCGGGUCUCCGGGAUCAGGUAAAAGUUUCCUUGUUGACUUGUGGUAUUCCUCCUUCCCAUCGCCGCACAAGGCUCGCAAACACUACAAUCAAUUCGUAAUAGAAAUAUACCGUGCCGUAUGGGAAGAAACCCAGCGGAGAAUGUCCGUCUCUCGUGCCGCCGCUAUCGCCCCUGAAGAAGCCGCACCAUGGAACAGGUCACUCCGUGAAAGCUGGCGAGAACUCAGCAAGCUAAGUUUACUGCCGACUAAGUGGACAAGGCGUUUGGGUCCUGGAAAUAGUCUAUCUGGCUCAACGCCUACUAUUGCAUUCAUGGUGGCAUUGCGAUUACUCCGCCGUCACUGGCUUCUCGUCUUUGAUGAAGUCCAACUUUUGGACGUGUCAAGCGCCGGAUUACUGGCGGAUGUUCUCUCGUGGUUUUGGCGUAUGGGAGGUGUUGUCGUAGGCACCUCCAACAAAGUUCCGGAUGAUCUUUAUCGUAAUGGUGUCCAAAGAGAAAGACUCGAGCCAUUUGUGGAUGCGCUGAAAGCUCGGUGUCCUGUGAUGGCUUUGGAAUCAGAGCACGAUUGGAGAGUUGUCCGUAAUGGUGAUGACAGUAACUGGUAUACGUGGGAUGAAAGCGAAGCCUUCGAGGACAAGGUCAAAUCCAACUUUAGCUAUGAACCACGUAGCCAGACGCUGCAUGUGUUUGGUCGACAGAUAAAAGUACCCUGGGUAUCGGGCGGUGCUUGCAAAUAUACCUUUGCGCAGCUAUGUGAAGAAUCUCUAGGAUCUGCUGAUUACUUGACGCUUGCUUCUAAUUAUCAUACGAUCAUAAUAUCAUCCAUCCCGACCCUCGAACUUUCUGAUAAGAACCAGGCUCGACGCUUCAUUUCCCUAAUAGAUGCACUAUAUGAAUCACGCUGCCGGAUCAUCUGCCAUGCUGAAGCGAAACCUGAGGCCCUCUUUUUUUCUGGGGCAGGAUUGUCGGUGGAUGAUGGACGAGAUAUUUUGCACGUGGAAUCCCUGGGAGAAACACAAGAUAGAAAUCGCCCAAACAUAUCUACCUAUGAUUCACCCGGAAUGUCAGAAGCUCCCAUGAGCCCGGCUCCGCUAGCUCUAGAUAAGUUAUCAAUAUUUUCUGGUCAAGACGAACAGUUUGCAUUCAAGCGUGCCCUUUCACGCUUAAUGGAAAUGUCGAGCUCGGUCUAUUUCAGCGAGGAGAAGUGGACGCCUCUCCCUCCCAGUUCCCGUAAAUGGGAAAGCGCAUUGACAGGAUCACUGCUUAGUAGACCUUCCACAAGCCCAGAUUCCAUUCGAGACGAGGACAGUAUGAGAGACGACGAGUCAAGCAGAAAGGAUACUGGCAACCACUUCAAUUCAUUGUUGGAACGGCCUGAAGCACCUCGGUUAAGCGAGGAUCAUAUCUGGGGAGUAAGGGAGGACUGGGGAGAACGGGCGAAGGAUUGGGGAAAGGGAGCCAGCGCAUUUUCGGAGCCUUCCACAUCGAAAAAGGGCCCUUCGUAG